AUGCUCUCCAUCGAACAAUUUUUUGGUUUUAGGCAUAUGGAUGAGUAUCUUAUUGCUUUCGGAUUUACUAUCGUUAUAAUGUCAUUGCAUAUUGAUGAGUAUCAUAUUGCUUUCGGAUUUAUUCUCGUUAUCAUGUUUGUAAACUCAAUCAAAAUUUUUUGCGGUUUUAGGCAUAAGUAUCUUAUUGCUUUCGGAGAAACUGCACUUCAUAGUGCAGCAAUUAAUAACAGUAAAGUAACAGCCGAAGUUCUUAUUUCAAAUGGCGCAAAUAUCAAUGAAAAAGAUGAAGAUGGAGACACCCCACUUCAUAUUGCAACAAUUAAUAAUAGUAAAGAAACUGCCGAAGUUCUUAUUUCAUAUGGUGCAGAAAAAUAA